CAAGUUACUCCCCUCCUCUCUCUCUUUUCCCUCUCUCUCUCUCUCUCUCUCUCUUUUCUUUUCUUUCGAAGAAACGCUCUCGUUUCUUUGCUAAAACCCUAACUCUCUCUUCUUCCUCCUCCUCCUCCUCUCGAUCGCCGGCCAAAAUGUACUCGGAUCCGAUCAGCGACCGGGGGCCCAUCAGAGAUCGUCUCGGCUCCAACCCCUUCAAUCAGCGGACUCUUCUCCAAAGGCAACCUCCAGAUAGAGCCAACCGUAAUGGUGCUUUAUACGCAGACAAGAACUACACAGUAAGAAAGGCUGUCCCUGAAAAUCUCACAAGUAAACUAGGAAAGGAACUUCAAAUAAGCUCUAGGAGUAACAGUUUCAGUGCAAGAGAAGGUCCAAGGAUGAGUGCAAAGAAUUAUCAAACUCCAAAAAAUGCUUCUUGUGUAGAGUCGAAGGAUAAAGGUACAACUCAAGUGAGAUCAGGGAAGGAGUCAGCAGCAGUUUCCUCAGGCGAAAAUAAGCGCAUUAUGCGGUUGACUGUGGAGACAUUCUUGGAAAAGCUUGGGUUAAGCAAGUACCUGGCUACCUUCAAGGCAGAAGAGAUAGACAUGUAUGCAAUGAGGCAUAUGAAUGAGGAUGACCUCAAGGCUAUAGGACUGCCAAUGGGCCCGAGGAAGAAAAUUCUUCACUCUCUUUCCCGUCUGAAACCAAAGAAGUGAGGACUUUCAAUGUCGUGUAAUAUACCUGGGGGGGUGUAUUCAAAAGUUUGUAUAGGGGUAAAGGUGGUUUCGUUGUGGUAAGGGACAUGUGUUGUGGCUAAUGAGACUCUAUUGUGCAUGGAUUAGGCUGCCUCUGGGUAGAAUAUGUCGUUUUUGCAAUUAGCAUGAUUCUUGGUGAUUUGUACACUGUUGAAAAUUCAUGUAAAGCACAUACUUUCACAGUUCCUCUUUUGAUAUCUCAGUGCAUUUGUGAUGCUCGAAUCACGGGAUGACUCACAAAUCGGAACAGUGAUGCAUAUCGACUCUUAAAUUUUGCACU